AUUCUCAAAGGAAAGGACUGAAGGAACAACGUUUAAAGAUCAAGGGAUCAAGUUCAUCCCCUUCUAUAGGAGUCACUUCGCCCAGAGCCACAUUUCAACCCUGAACGAGGACUGAUGGAGGGGGACAUUGGCUACAACUCACAUCCCACUGUGGAAGACAAAGUUCAUGUUCUGGUGUGUGUUAUUCCUGUGAGCUCAGUGUCUGUGUUAAGUGAUGAGAUUGUGAUGAAGAUGAGAGAGGUCAGACUGGCAGCCAGUGAACUGGAUAUUCCCCAACUGGCUAUUCUCACCAAAGUUGAUGAAGCCUGUCCCRAGGCUGCAGGGGACUCAAGSAAUAUCUAUAAGAGCAGAUACCUGAAGGAACAGGUUGAUAAAUUCCACAUGCUGCUGGGCCUCCCACUGAACUGCAUCUUCCUUGUGCAGAACUACGAUGAGGAAACUGAGUUAAAUGAAGGAAUGAGCGCUGCGAUCGUGUGCGCACUGAGACAGAUGGUUCAGUUUGGAGAAGACUUCCUCAACAACCUGGAAACAUGAAUGACCCUGAGGCAAAUACUCAGUAGGUGAUUUCAUGUUCAGUGACAGUAAAGUUACACAGCUACAGUCACAGUGGGAACCGUUGGGUUUCUCUAUAGUUUCUAAGGUCUUGACCUUACUAUAUAAUCAAUGAUGACUUACUAAUAUAUGCUUAGAAGGGUAAACUAAUCCUGCAGACUGUUAUAAUGUCUGCAGUUUGUUGUCUUGAGAUCAUUUUCAUGUACGAUGAAAGUUCAUUUAAAGGCAUUUUKAAUUAUUGUUACAAUGUGACUUAACAGCAUCUGUUUCAUUCUCUAAUGCCGCCUCCUAUCAAUGAAUCAAUAAUCAAAACAAUUUCACAGAAUAAAUGAAGUAUUAAUGUCUUUAUAUCAUUUCACUCAUUGAGACUUUGCACAAUAGCAGGACAAUGCUCUGUCAUCACGUCGUUAGCUUGGUGUGACGUCAUCACGUGAUCUGGUCAACAUCUCAGCUGUUGUGAUGGUGCCUUCACGUGCCGCCGGAAAGGAGUKAUUCAAAAGCUCUCGUCUUUUUGUUGACUCCCAGUAUUUAACACAUCACCUGCUCUAAUAAAUGAGUUCUGCUUCGCUUGCUUGGUCUCUGCAAAUUAUUUUGCUGCAGAGACCAAUAGACUAAUUAAUGACAAUUGCUAGCACAAACAUUUAUAUUAUAAUUMAAACAUACAGUGGUCUAAACAGGUUUUGCUGCUAAUUGUCAGUGUCAGUUUUUACAUUGGAAUGAUGACAUGUGGACAUUGAAAAGGYACAGUGUGUUUGUUAAAGUURAAAGAGGCACUAAAUAAAGACUUUAUGUCUGUUUGUCCCUAUGUAAACAUUUUUCAUCUCAGUUUGUGUGAAUAAAUACAUAAAUCCU